ACUGGGGUGGGCGUGGUGUGACGUCAUGACGCAAAGUGGUAUUACGUAAACCGUUCGGCGCAAAAUUUCAAACGUUGAACAGGAAGAAGCUCUGUUCUCUGAAUGCGGGAUUAAGAAUUAAAACAAGAAGCAAACACCAACAUCGGAUUUACACACUUAGAGCUAAGAUGAGCGCAGCCUCCAGCCCGGUGUCUCGGAUCCGUCCGGGAUGGAUGUCGUCCGGCCUGAAGAACAAGGGCAUGUCUCCGUUGGACUACAGCACUCCGCUGCUCACAUCCUUCCCCGGCAACGAUGACGAGCAGGAGCGACGACAGAGACGAAGGUCAAGGGUCAUCGACCUUCAAACGGCCCCAGACUCCUCCUUUAAUGACUCUGCAUCUCACAGCGCCGCGGGGACUCCUGCUGCCGUGCCCAAGCUGUCGAACGCACAGAUCUCGGAGCAUUACUCCACCUGCAUAAAACUCUCCACUGAGAAUAAAAUCACCACCAAGAAUGCCUUUGGUCUGCACCUGAUUGAUUACAUGGCUGAUAUUCUCAAACAGAAGGACUCUGAGCUCACAAACUUCAAGGUGGCCGCUGGUACUUUAGAUGCCAGCACUAAGAUCUAUGCUGUGAGGGUAGAUGCUGUUCAUGCCGAUGCCUACAGGGUCCUGGGGGGUCUGGGGGCCGAGACCAAACCUGGAGAAGACCAGGGUUCAAAAGAUGAUGAAAACGACGGAGAUGGUGAAGCGACCACGAAGCAGCCGAAGAAAAAGAGACCCCCGAAGAAGACUGUGGAGCAAAACCUGGCAAACAUCAACAGCGCCGAGUCUGAGAGGAAGUGUGAGGUGGACCCCAUGUUUCAGAGGAUGGCCGCCUCGUUCGAUGAGAGCAGCACGGCGGGCGUCUUCCUGUCCGUCCUCUUCUGUGAGAACAAUCGCUGCGAGCUGCUGUUUCCCUCCAACAUGACCCUGCUGCAGUCCACUCCCUCCUACUCUCCCCCCCGACCCCUGACCGUCCCUGCAUCCCCCUUCAUGG